CAUUCACUAACAUUCUCAACACAUAUACAAAAAAAGACUUCUUUUAAUAUAUUGUCAGCUUUUCUACAACACAGAGAGAGAGAGAGAGAUGGAUCCAACAGUGGUGAUUAAAACUCCAAAUAAUUCUCAUCAACAACAUAUGAUCCGUACGAUCAGAGCAGCCAUGAGGCUCCUAAUGAUCAUAUUGAUUUUGGGUUUCUUUUUUCUUUGGAUCAUAAUGCCCACCAACACCUAUAAGCUCAAAUGGCAGCCUCGUAUCAAGUCCAAGGUUAAUACCUCCAAGUAUUUCGGAACACAAGGUUCGACUCUUCUUCUGUACACAUUUCCCGUCUUAUUUUUCGCUGUUUUGGGCUGCAUCUACAACCAUCUAGGAAAGCAUUUGAAUGAUCAUAAUAAUAAUAUUCCGGAAAGAAGCCAUAACAAAAAGAAGAUCUUAGGGUUAUGGAAACAGCCUAUGGUUGUGAAAGGCCCUUUGGGAAUCGUUACGGGAAUUGAGCUUGGUUUCUUCGUCAUGUUCAUUGCACUCCUCGUUUGGUCUUUUUCUACUUACUUACAAAAUAGUUUUGCCAAAAUUACCCUCCAAUCCGCAGCUGAAGACGGAGAAAAACUAUGGGAAUCGAAGCUUGAGAGUUCAGGACUGAGAUUAGGGUUGAUUGGGAACAUCUGCCUGUCGUUUCUGUUCUUCCCGGUGGCGCGUGGAUCGUCGGUACUGGCGGUGUUCGGGUUGACGUCGGAGGGGAGCAUCAAGUACCACAUAUGGGUGGGGCAUAUGGUUAUGACUCUCUUCACGGCUCAUGGCCUUUCUUACAUCACCUUUUGGGCUUUCACAAAUCAGAUCUCAGCGAUGUUGACAUGGGAGAAAGUUGAUAUAUCGGUUGUGGCUGGGGAAAUAGCAUUGGUUGCAGGAUUAGCUAUGUGGAUCACAGCUAUACCUCGGAUAAGGCGAAAAAUGUUUGAGCUAUUCUUCUACACACAUUACCUUUACAUUGUCUUCGUUCUCUUCUUCGUCCUCCACGUUGGAAUCCCUUACGCCUGCAUUAUGCUCCCUGCUUUUUACCUCUUCAUGGUCGAUCGUUUCUUGAGAUUUUUACAGUCUCGAAAUUCUGUUCGUCUCCUCUCCACUCGAAUUUUGCCCGACUCAUUUGAGCUCAACUUCUCCAAAACACAAGCCUUGAAUUUUCAGCCCACAAGCACUAUUUUCAUUAAUGUCCCGAGUGUAUCGAAGAUUCAAUGGCACCCUUUCACAAUCACUUCUAGUAGUAAAUUGGAGCCUGAGAAGCUGAGCGUUUUGAUUAAAUGUGAAGGUAAUUGGUCUAAGAAACUUCACCAACUGCUUUCUUCCCCAUCUUCCUCAGUUGACAGGCUUCAGGUUUCUGUUGAAGGUCCUUAUGGCCCUGUUUCAACUCAUUUUCUAAGGCAUGAUACCCUGGUAAUGGUGAGUGGAGGCAGUGGAAUAACCCCAUUCAUCUCCAUAAUCAGAGACAUGAUCUUCAAUGCCAAAGCUCUCAAUUCCAAAACCCCACGACUUCUUUUGAUCUCUGCUUUCAAGAACUCCUCUGACCUCGCAGCCCUAGACAUUGUUCUCCCACUCGCAGGAACCCCAUACGACCUCGCCGACCUCAAUCUCCAGAUCGAAGCAUUCGUCACCAGAGAGAAACAACAACCACAAUCCCAAGCCACUAAAAUUCCCCUCUCCCGAAUCCGAUGGCUGAAGCCCAAACCCACCGACUCACCCAUCUCCGCCGUAUUGGGUCCGAACCACUGGAUCUGGCUGGGUGGGAUCAUAACCUCCUCUUUCGUCGUCUUCCUUGUGUUGAUCGGCCUUAUCAAUCGCUUUUACAUAUACCCAAUUGACCAUAACUCGAACAAAGUUUUCGCUUAUUCGUACAGAGCUUUGCUAAACAUUUUGGUCAUUUGCUUCGCAAUAACAGCGACCGCGAGCUUGGCGGUGUUUUGGAAUAAGAGAGAAAACGACAUGAAAUCGAAGCAGAUUCAGAGCUUAAAUGGGUCAUCGUUAACGCCGACGGCUUCGCCGGAAUCGAUGUUUUAUAAUGCGGAGAGAGAAUUAGAGCUGGAGAGCCUUCCGAGACAGACUUUGGCAGAAGCUACGAAGGUCCACUAUGGUGAAAGACCUGAUCUCAAGAGGAUUUUGUUUGAGUGCAAGGGAUCAAGCAUAGGAGUUCUAGCUAGUGGACCAAAGCAGCUGAGGCAUGAAGUGGCCAAUAUAUGCUCCUCUGGUUUAGUGGAAAAUUUGCAUUUUGAGUCCAUUAGCUUUAGCUGGUGAUUAUGACUGUGAUUCCCUCCACUCUAGUAUUUCUACUUGUGUUGUUGUGUAUCGCUAUGACUAGUGCUGCUUUCUUCUAAUUUUGACCUGUUUCUCUUAAUUAAUAUCUAAUAUCUAUACACAAUAGGUACCUGUAUGCAUAUAUGUAUAUGUAUGUAAUAGAACUUUGUAAUUUGGGUCCGUAGAAUAAAAGUGACCAAUGUGAGUUGUUGUGUGUACUUAUUGUUGCAAAAUGUUACUACUGUACUACCUCAGUAUCAAUUGAACAGAAAAAUUUACUAUU